CCCGGUCGUCUGCCGUCACCACGUGCAGCACGUGUUUUCCGACCUGAUGCACACCUGACCCGCGAAAGGAUCAAAACAUGCACCACACAGCCCAGAUUCGUCACUGAGCACUCUGUCCUUCAAUUUGUUUCGCCGUUUGCUUUCAGAACGAUCUGACAUGUCAUUGGGCCCACUGAAAGACGUCAACCGGAUUAAUGACCCCACGCCUUCCACAUCCAAACCAGGAAGCAAGAGCUGUUGUCCUGGUGACCACGCCCACUCUACUAUUUCCGGUUCAGCUAAACGUAGUUCCACCGAGAAAACAUUGAAAGAGAACUACAAUGAAUCUGGGUGUUGUGGCGGACAUGAUGCUUUCUGCUCAGACGAAAAUUGUACGGACAUAACCGAGUUUUCUCCGGACAUUCCCGAGCCACAGAUGUGUGGGAAAUGCGGGAAGCACGGUGUGCGACUGAAAACCUGUAGUCGGUGCAAGACAGCUCUGUACUGCUCGAGAGACUGCCAGAAGAAAGACUGGCAGAAACACAAGAAGACAUGCAGAAUACCGGACCAUGACGGGAACGACCUGAAGACUCUCCUGAAACAACUGACUACGAGCCUCGUUGUAGAAAAACGUAGAAAGCUGACCUUCAGCGAGGCCAAAGUGAAGGCUGAGAAGUUAUUUCCAGGGAGACCACUCUUCGAUGAACUCUCCAAACUGAGCACACACCCGUCUCGGGGAAUUUUCCUUGGGCUUAUAGCUGAAAUGCAUUUCUAUGUGGUUCGGCACGGGGUGUAUGUGAAGGACCGCGUUGGCCGUCAGACCUCAUUAUUCUUCUACCUGGACUUCGACAACCCUGACCCUUACUUCACCUGGGACGACCUUCAACCUGGCAACUACAUUUGCAUAAAGAAUCCUCAUUUGCAUAUUUUCAUGGAUGGUCAGGCAGGACUUCGCAUUGACGAAGCAUCUUCAGUCAAGAUUAUCUUUUGACAUAACCACGUGUUGACUGUGGAGACUUUAAAUUGUCCAGACACCUUGUUGAUUUUUUUCAGGUUUGAUUGAUCAAGUUAUUUUUGUCAUUACGAAUGUGCAUGAUUGUUAAAGCCAGAAAAUAUAUACAUAUAAAACGAUCUGCAUUAUAUCAUGUA